CCGGAACGAGGGCAGGAGCUUCGGAGGUCUGGCCUCGGAAGAUCUCUCUGGGGUCUCCUGGGGCCCCCCGGGCAGAUUCGGCGGCCUUCUGCAGUCCUCGGCGGGCGGUUGGAGCCUCUGGGGCCUCUGCGCUCUCUCGGGCGGCUGCGCCUCGUCGCAGGGAGUCCCCUGGGCACGCCGGCACCGCCCCGAGCGGGCCUCCCCCCGCCCAGCCCCGCGGCCGGAGCGCUCCCGGCGGGCCCCGCGGGGGAGGGCGAGCGAGCAGGACAGAGCCUCUGGGCCGCGGGGCACCGAGGAUGGCCGGCGCGGUGCUCCUCCCGGCCGCCGAGGGCCUCCUCGCGGACGUCUGGCAGCUCCUCGGCGGGGUCUGGGCGGGGGGGGGCCUGGGCGGGGACCCCGUGCCCGUGGACGUCUCCGCGGCGCGCCCCGAGUCGCUGCUCCCCCUGGCGGUGGCCACCGUGGUGAGCUUCUUCUACCUGCAGGCCAUCGAGGCGGCGGGCGCGGUGGUGGCGACCGCGCUCGGGGUGGGGAGCGCCCUGGACCCGAAGAGGCGGUCGGCCAAGCGCGAGAGGUUCUGCACCGCGUGGGGCGAGGCCGUGUACUUCACGGUGCAGGUGGUGGUGAGCUACCGCCUGUUCGGCGGCACCAGCUGGUACUGGCCCUCCGGCUGGGACACCCUGACGGCAGAGAACCUGGAGGGCGAUCCCUCCCCGCCGGUGUACCGCUGUGCACGCGAGAUGCGAACGUAUUAUGUGAUCGAGUUUGGUUGGUAUUCGAUGGGUCUGGCGAUGCUAUUCCUGAAGAAGCGCAGGUCUGAUUUUCUCGAGAUGCUGUCGCACCAUGCCAUCACCUCCACUCUCAUCUUCACAUCCUACACCUACGGUUACAUCAGGGUCGGAAUCGUUGUGAUGACUUUGCACAACUUGUUUGAUCCUUUCCUGAACAUAGCGAAAUGUUGCCACUAUGCCUUGAAGGGCCCACUGCACGUCAUCGCCGACAUCAACUUCGGGAUGGCCUCGGUGGUGUUCCUGAUCUCGCGAUUGCUCAUGUACCCAGUCGUGGUCUAUAACGUCUGGUUUCAUAACAUUAUGUAUCCCGGGAAAGUCCCCGUUUGGGAUGCCACUGUCGACCAGUGGAUUUGCAAGAUCUGCUUGGUCAUGCUCUAUCCUAUUCAUCUGUUUUGGUGUUACCUUCUUCUCAAGACUGCGAAGAAGGCGCUCAGAGGUGGUACUGUCCAGAAGGACGAGCGCUCUGACAGCGAAGAUGGCGAGGAGCCAGAUCACAGCACAGGUAAGCAGGCCGUGAAGGACUGUGACUCAAGUAAGAGGAAGAAUGAGUGAGUGUCUUGCGGCAGUCUGCUCUGUUUAGCGGUUGCCCCUUGAGCUCCAUGGCCUACUCUUUGCUGGCGCUCCUGACGCUCGCCGCCACCCCCCGACAGAGUUUGUUGUGCUGCUGUGUGUGCGUACCCGGUGACCUCCCUGGCUCUCGCGGGCACCAGUCGGACGAGAGCUGGGGGCGCUGACUUCGAAUAAUUUUCCAGAGUGCGAGCGCACCUGGUGUAUAGCGCGAGGGGGGACGGCCGUCUUUGUUGGCAGGGGCCCUCUAAGAAAGGCCCUGCCUCUCAAAACCAUGCGCCCCGCGUCUUUCAGAGGUGGGAGCCUCUUGAAACGUGCGGCCCCCUCGUCACCAUGCCCCAGUGUGUGUAUGUGUGUGUGCGCCGCAGGUGUGGGCCGCGGACUUGACUGGGAAACAUUUUGCACUCCUUACACCAACUCCGCAUUCGAGAAAC